AUGGUUCUGGAAGUAACGGAUAAUCAAGUACAAGCUAUAAUUAGCGUCGAUACUAACAUGUUCGGCAUUAGAUACUCAGGCAGGAGAAUAGCCACACAAUUACCAGUUAUACAGCGCCUUUCGUUGAAAAGCUUUCCUUCGAAAUCGAUUAUUCGGCCCUUCAGUAGUAAAAGAGCAUCAAGAGAAGAUGCACCCAGAAUCCGUUAUUUAUUUUAUAUGUUCUUGUUUUCAUCGGGUUUGUUGUACGUAGUUGGUCGUAAGAUCGAAAAAAAGCAGCCAAGAAUGUCCUUCUCAGAGAAAGAAUUUCAGGAAUAUGAAGAGGAAACUGGAUUGAAAAGGAGACUGAAACUCAUUAGCAAUGAAAAUAGUGAAAAAUACAAAUUCUACGUUAUUCCCUAUGUGCAUCUCGAAUCUACCGUUGAUCAAAUUGCAGCUAAGUUGAAGAGUAAUGAGAUAAAGAUUAUAGACCCAGCUAAAUUGAUUGAAAGAGAAAAAAACGAUGAUUCAAGAAAGUACAGUUUUCUUAUUCAAGAUCUAGUAAGCAAUAAAAAGCCGUUUCCCAAAGGAUUGAUGACCGCGUUGAUCAAAGAAGAUCUAUAUGAUUUUAUUAAUUCAACCAAGGGAAUAUACAAUACAAAUAUUAUAAUUAAAAACUAUCCUCAAACAACUGAAGACGCUAUUAAAUUUGAAAAUGAUAUCUCUGAUGUCCAAAAGUGCAUUGAAUUGCAUUAUGAUAUUCUUAAUGAGUUACCGAAGGAAAAAUCUCCUAGAGAUGUUAGAUCCAUAAACAAUGUUAUCGGAUACUUUCAAACUGUUGAUAAAGUUAAACGCAUUGCCAAAGAACACGAUGAAAUGGAUGACAAGUUAAAAGAAAUUGUGCUUGAAGAUUACUGA